AUGAUCACUCCAAUCGUCUUAUCACUAGCACUGCUAGCAAACUUCAGCCCUGUACAGGCCCAAAGCAAAGUUGCAGGAAAAGCGUUCGACCGCAUAGCCAUAAUAUGGCUUGAAAACACCGACUACGACCUCGCAGCUGGGGACCCAAAUCUAGCAUGGCUCGCGAAGAAAGGCAUCAGUCUUACAAACUACUUUGCAGUAACCCACCCUUCUAUGCCCAACUACGCUGCUUCGAUAUCAGGCGACUACUACGGUAUCAACCACGAUGACAUGGUCGCCGUUCCCUCCAACGUCUCCACCUUGGUAGACCUACUCGAAGACAAAGGUGUUAGCUGGGGCGAGUACCAAGAAGACAUGCCGUCGGUAGGCUUUCAAGGCAAAUCAUACACGAACCCUAAAACCGGAGCCAAUAUGUAUGUCCGCAAGCAUAACCCAGCCGUGCUAUACGAUUCCGUGGCGCAAAAGGCAGAUAGACUCGCCAAGACGAAACCCUUGACUAUGUUCAAGGAAGAUCUCAACAAGAAUCAAUUGCCGCAGUGGAUGUUCAUUACACCCAACAUGACAAGCGAUGGACAUGACACUACUGUGACAGUAGCAGGAACUUGGACGCGAAAGUUCCUCGAACCACUCCUAACCAACAAGAACUUCAUGAACAACACACUCGUCAUGGUCACUUUCGACGAGAACCACACAUAUGGCAAACAGAACCGUGUCGUUAGCAUAUUGCUAGGAGAUGCUGUACCUGCUAGUCUGGUCGGUACCACAGACAGCACCUACUACAACCACUACAGCGAAAUCGCCACUGUACAAGCAAAUUGGGGCUUACAUACUCUCGGCCGUUGGGACGUGGGAGCGAAUGUAUUCAAGCUCGUAGCUGCAAAGACUGGCGAUACCGUGCGUGCGUGGUCUGGAAAAGUUCCCUUCAGUAACAUGUACUUCAACGCGUCCUAUGCCGGCAAGUUGAGCAACAAGAACACGUCAGUUCCUUGGCCUGUACCCAACACCAACGCGGUAUAUGCGGGAAGGAGUGUGUUGCCGGCUAUUGCGGACACAUGGGGGAAGCAGGUCGGACAGUCUGCGUAUACGACUGCAUUGGAGAUUCCGGAUGGCAUGCAUCCAGAGGCCGAGUUCAAGUAG